AUGAACUCAGAGUUCUAUAACUUCUUCUCCGAGAUUGUUCUAAAUCAAAAUCCUUCAAGCGAAUGCUUUGACUACCUGACCAUGCUCAAAUGCAAGGAGCCGCAGCAAUAUUUGCAAUCUCUUAUUGAAAUUAUCAAUGACGAUCAAAUUCCUCAGAAAAUUCGAUUAAGCGCCAUUAAUUCGAUUUUAGUCCCAUUGAACAAGCCAUCAAAUGCUAUAAGAAUCAAUAUUGAUGAGUUAGGUUUAGAAUUGUUCCAAACGCUUCAGGAUAAUAUUAUUUCAUGUUUAAGUCAAUUUAUUGAGCAAAAUAAUGAUUUUGGAGUAGCAUCAAGGAAAUCUUUUAUAGAAUGCACAAAAAUGAGAUAUCAAGAUAGUCAUAUAAUUAAAGAAAAAGCAAGAGAGCUCGUUGUCAACAAGAUUACAGAAUUUAUGAAUCGCGAAACAAGCAAUGAAGAUGAAUUGAGAAACUUAAUUUCAUGUUUAGCAAGAACUACAAUUGGAUAUGAAGAACUAAUAGACUUAAUCAAUUCAAGAAAUUGGAGCAAUGAAACAAUUAAUGUCAUAUUAAAAUUAAUAAGUAAAUUCAGAAAUAUUCAAGCAAACCAGAAAGUUGCUGAUUUUUUGAUUAAUUUGCUCGAUCUUUUUAAUUCAUAUCCAUAUUUAAUUGGAAAAAUUUUUGGAAGAGCCUAUUUAUCUGAAGUUGAAGAAAUAUAUCCGGGAUUUAUUCAAAAAACAUAUAGCAUUAUGAUGACAAACCCAUUAUCAUAUAGAUUCGUCAACAACUACAAAGUUCGCCUUCCAAAUGAUGUUGAUUUCUCGCAAUUUAUGCAAUAUAUGAUUGCAGGACAUGCGAAAGCAAUAGAAAAAGAGGAUUAUUUUUCAAGCACUCGUUUUAACUUUAUUUUUUCUGAUUUCAUGAAGAAAUUUGGGGAUGAUUUAUCACAGAUUCUCCAAGCAAUUUUAGAUCGUUUUGAAUCAGAUGAUAAAAACAUUAUUAGAUCAGCUGUUGUUUUCUAUGAAUAUAGUGCAGUAGCUGUCCCUGCAGUGUUUGAAAUUUUACCUCCUGAAACAAUUAUUGAAAAGAUUCCAAAAGACGAAAGUGUAGAAAUGAUGUCUUCUUAUGUUGAAUUCAUAUCAUUUAUCAUCAGACAGAAUGUUUUGAUACCAGAUGAUGAAAUUAUCAAUCUUGCUUGUGAAUUGUAUUUGAAUGAAGAUGAAAAACUUCAUGAAGCAUCUAAUAUCUUAAUAAGCUCAUUGUGUUAUUUGAAAAAGGAUGAAAUCAAUAAUUUCUUUUGGGAAUUCAUAUCAUCAAAGAUUGAAGAAAAUCAAGAGGAUGAAGAUGUUCUCGCCAAAUGCUUAUUUUCAUAUUCGGAAAUUAUACAAUUUUUCGGAGAUGAAUUGUCAAAUCAAUGCGCUCAACAGUUGCUUGAUUAUGCAAUAUUAAUUUAUGAGGGCAACCCAGCAAGUAUUUUAAUUGGUCCUGCAGUACAUGCAUUGGUUCCAGCAGUAAAGCUUGCAGGAAAUUUAUUUGAGGAAUCUGCUGAAAAAGCAUUAAAUUUCGGAAUAGAAUUAUAUCAGCAUGACUUUGAGGAGGAUGGAAAUUUCAUUGUUGGCGCUAUAGUUGAUGUGUUUGGAAAGACAAAUCCUCAAAUUGUUUCUAUUUUAAUAGAAAUGGAAAUCGAAUUGAUCAAAAACAUUCAGGAUCUUUCAAAAUUAGAUGAAAUUCUUGAAACAAUCACCAAGCCAAUAGAUUAUAUUGAAGAUCCAGAUCAACUAGCUGAAAUCGCAGAGACGUUAAUUUCAGUCCUUCAAGAACAUAUUGGAUUAAGUUCAAUUCGUAAUAUCAUAACUAUACUCGCAAAAAUUUAUGCAAAUAACAAGGAUGUGAUAAUUCCCUUGAUUUCAAAAAUUGAUGGAUCAAGUCUUUUCAUUCCAACAUCUUUUGCUGAUCCAAUGAAAGCAUUUUGGUUUAUCACCUUCUUAAUCAAUCAAAAACUUGCUAAUGGAGAAGAAAUUGAAAUGCUUGUCAAUUCAUUGGAUAUUAUUUUUGGCGAAAUGGUUAUUUAUAAUAAAACCAAGGAAUCAGCAGAAAACAUACUGAAGAUAAUUGAUGCCUAUAUAACCUUACAAAUAGCCAAAGAGGGAAAUGAUGAAGCAAAGGUAAAAAUUGAUGAAGAGUGCGCUGAAGCACUGAAGAAAAAAUUCCCUCAAAAAUUAAAUCUGUUUGAAAUUGAAAAUUAA